AUGAUAGCCCAUCUAUUCAAUGCUCCACUAGGAGAGUCAGAGACUGCCGUGGGGGUUGGAACUGUUGGGUCGUCAGAGGCAAUCAUGCUGGCAGGCCUUGCUUUCAAGAGAAAGUGGCAGAAUAAGCGGAGAGCCGAGGGGAAACCAUGCGAUAAGCCUAACAUUGUCACCGGAGCCAAUGUGCAGGUUUGUUGGGAGAAAUUUGCAAAUUACUUCGAGGUGGAACUUAAGGAAGUGAAGCUGAGGGAAGGCUACUAUGUGAUGGACCCGGUGAAAGCUGUGGAACUAGUGGAUGAAAACACCAUAUGUGUUGCUGCUAUCUUGGGUUCGACUCUCAAUGGAGAAUUCGAAGAUGUCAAGCUCUUGAAUGAUCUUUUGCUAGAAAAGAACAAGCAAACUGGGUGGGAUACCCCAAUUCAUGUGGAUGCAGCUAGUGGUGGAUUCAUUGCACCAUUUCUCUAUCCAGAGCUCGAGUGGGAUUUUCGACUUCCAUUAGUGAAGAGCAUCAAUGUUAGUGGGCAUAAAUAUGGUCUUGUGUAUGCUGGAAUUGGGUGGGAUACCCCAAUUCAUGUGGAUGCAGCCAGUGGUGGAUUCAUUGCACCAUUUCUCUAUCCAGAGCUCGAGUGGGAUUUUCGACUUCCAUUGGUGAAGAGCAUCAAUGUUAGUGGGCAUAAAUAUGGUCUUGUGUAUGCUGGAAUUGGGUGGGUGAUUUGGAGGAGCAAAGAAGACUUACCCGAGGAACUUAUUUUUCACAUCAACUACCUUGGAGCUGAUCAACCUACUUUCACCCUCAAUUUCUCCAAAGGUUCAAGCCAAGUUAUUGCUCAGUAUUAUCAACUAAUUCGCUUGGGUUAUGAGGGAUACCAAAAUGUCAUGGAAAAUUGUCGGGACAACGCUCUUGUGCUGAAACGAGGAUUGGAGAAGACAGGCCGAUUCAACAUUGUGUCCAAGGACAAUGGUGUUCCAGUGGUUGCCUUCUCUCUUAAGGAGAACAGUCAGUACAAUGAGUUUGAUGUGUCAGAUAUGCUGCGCAGUUUUCAGUGGAUUGUGCCUGCCUACACCAUGCCACCGGAUGCUCAACAUGUGACAGUGCUUCGGGUUGUCGUGAGGGAAGAUUUCUCAUGCACCCUAGCCGAGCGCCUAGUGGAUGAUAUCACAAAAGUCCUCCAUAAAUUGGAUACCCUCCCUGCUAAACUAAGUGUCAAUAUGAUAUCCAGUUAUCAGAAAGGGAAAAAUGGCACCGUGGUGAAGAAAACAACACUCGAGACGCAGAGGGAAAUAACUAAUGCUUGGAAGAAAUUUGUCAUGGAUAGGAAAACCAAAGUAAUUUGCUAG